CCUAGGGGGCUCUUCAUGGUUGAGUGACAUUCCCAAUAAUAGGUCUCAAGAUGAAGGCCCCCCCAGGUUGCCUCAUUUUGCUAUCUAUUCUUCUCUCCUCUUCUUUCUCUUCCUUUUCUUUGGCUCUCUCUGAUGGCGAAGCAUCCACCAUUGCUCGUCACCAGCUCUUAGCGUUAGGCAACUACGGUGAAGUGCCUCGCGGAGAUUACAAGCCUUAUUUCGAAUACAAUAUCACAUUUCCCAAUUCUAGGCUUAAGAAUGCCUACAUCGCGCUACAAUCUUGGAAGAAGCAGGCCAUCUACUCCGACCCUAAGAACUUUACUAGCAAUUGGGUAGGUGGAGAUGUGUGCAAAUAUCAAGGUGUGUUUUGUGCACAGGCUCCAGAUGAUCCGAAGCUCACUGUCGUGGCCGGAAUUGAUCUCAACCAUGCUGACAUUGCCGGAUACCUCCCAGCUGAAUUGGGGCUUCUGACUGACCUCGCGGUCUUCCACAUUAACUCUAACAGGUUUUGUGGGAUCAUCCCUGAUACAAUCUCCAAGCUUACCCUUUUGCACGAGCUUGAUGUUAGCAACAACAGGCUUGUUGGCCAAUUCCCGAGCAUUGUUACCACCUUGAAACAGCUCAAGUACCUUGAUCUUAGGUACAAUAACUUUGAGGGCGACUUGCCUCAUGACCUCUUCCAUAUGCCUCUUGAUGCCUUGUUCUUGAACCACAAUCGAUUCUCGUCUAGCAUUCCUGAAAACAUUGGCAACUCCACGGUGUCCGUUUUGGUGAUGGCCAACAACAACUUCUGCGGCUGUAUUCCUGCUGGCAUUAUCAACAUGCCAAACCUCGACGAACUCAUCAUCUCCAACAGUGGGCUUCAAGGUUGUUUGCCACCAGAGGUUGGAAAUAUGAAGGCUAAGGUCAUCAGUUUUUCAUCAAACAUGUUUACUGGUAUAUUGCCUAAGAGUUUGUCCAAUCUCAAGAAUGUUGAGAAAUUGGACCUCUCCAACAACAAUUUAACAGGUGUGGCGAUGGACAACAUUUGCCGCUUGCCUACCUUGAAGAGCUUCAAUUUUGCUAAUAACUUCUUUAAUGGUGAGGACAAUGGGUGUGACCCAACAUCAAGAAAGGACAUUUUUAUUGAUGACACAAACAAUUGUGUGCCUGCUCGUCCCAAGCAAAAGUCCCAACAAACAUGCGCUGAGGUUGUGAACAAGCCAGUUGAUUGCAGUAAGGUCAAGUUGUGUAGUAAACCACAGUUCCCUGUGGUCGAAAAGCCACAGCCACCACCGGCUCCACAGUCACCACCACCAACUCCAAAGCCACAACCACCACCGGCUCCAAAGGCACAGCCACCACCGGCUCCACAGUCACCGCCACCAACUCCAAAGCCACAACCACCACCUCCUGUCCAGUCUCCCCCACCAACCCCGAAGCCGCAAUCACCACCUCCUGUUGUCUACUCUCCCCCACCACCAGUCCAAUUUUCCCCGCCACCACAAGUUAAACCUCCACCACCACCAUCUCCAUCUGUAAACCUCCCACCUGCGCCAGCAGAUGAAUUUAUUCUGCCACCUAUCAUCGGAGCCACCUACCCAUCACCACCUCCACCAAGUAUCCCAGGCUAUACCUAAAUAUAUGGUGCAGUUUUGAUCACUUCCUCCUCCUACCUUUUCACAAUGUUGCCCUACACAACUACAUAUGGUUGGUGAUGAUAGAGCUUUCUUGUUCAGUAAUUUAUACAUCAAAAGGCACGAGCAACAAAAUGUAACUGUGAUAUUAAAGAUUGAUAUUGUAUUUGGAAUACUCUGUUUUCUC